UUAAUGACCUUUUGUUCAUUAUCCCGUUUCUUAUGAGCACCAUCUAGUUGUUGAAGCAACAGAUUUUCAUGCUGUAGUUGAGAUAUUCUCUCCUCUACGUAAUCCCACUUUCCAAAGGAUUUACUUGGCUUAGGUCCUUUUGUAUACUUUAUAAAACCAAAACCUUUUCUCUGAGAGAAUUUCUUGUGUCAUGGAGUUUACCUUUUAGGGUAUUGAAUUUAAUUCGAGCUUCGGAAAGUUGCUCAGUUAAAAACUCAUUAUUAUCUUUUAGUUCAGAAAUAUCAGAACUCGUUUUCUUUCUUGUAAAGAAACAUCUUGUGCUGUCUGUAAAGCAAGUUCUAGGUCUCUUUUUGUUUUCACACUUUGAUCACACUCACUUAUAGCAGCAGCCAGUCUAGCAUGGAAUGGCUCAACUUCAGCUUCCAGUCUUUCCUUGUUUUGAUUUUCCUUCUGCAGUUUAGACUUGAGCAUUGCGUUCUCAGUUUUGAGGUCCUUAAGCUGUUGACCAUACUGGGAUACUGUUUUUGUUAAUGUUUUUCCAUUCAGUUUUAUAGUCUCUUGAAGGUCAUCAUUCAUUUCUUUAACAAUUUCAAUGUCCUUUUUCCCUCUCGAGGUUCCUAUUUUUUAUUGUGUAUACUUACAUACACAAUAAAGGCAAUAUCUCUCUUCAACAAGCAAUUUUGGAAAAAAAAGCAUCAGAUCUUUUUUUUUCUUAAAGUAUUUCUUCAAGCCUUCAAUUCCAUUUCUAGUGAUCGAUAGUCAGUUCAAGCUGUUCUUUUACUUCAACUUCUUUCCUAUGUUGCUGCACUUUCCUUUCUAACUCUUCCCUAAUUUUUUCAUACAACAUAUUAGCAUUUCUUCUCAUCUUCUUCUAUUAAGGUGCAUUCAAACUGUAGAGUUCUUGUUUCCAUUCUACUUUUUGAUAUUGAACUGUGACUUCAUUUCUUGUGUUUUGGAUAGCUCCUUCUUCAGUACACUAAACUCAGUUUUCGUAUUUCUUAUUGUCUAGUGUAAGUUGUUCACAGAUAAUUUUUUUUAAGGUCCAGUGACUUUUCACAUGAAAGAAAUGCAUUCUGGAUUUCCAUUAGGAUACGAGAAUCAUUACAAUCCAUUCCAUAUUGCUUAAUGAGCAUCAUAAACUUCUUACAAUGAGGGUAAGGUUCCUCAUGAUCCUCUGAAGCUGUUUCAGAUGGCCGAGUUAAGUCAUCAGGUUCAUCUCUAAAUGAGUUUGCUUUUUGACCUUUUUCUUUUCAUUUGACAUUUUCUUUGCAGGCCUAGCAUACUCUUCAUUCUCCUUCCUAGGAAAUCUCUGAUGGUAAACUCUUUCUUUGUUGAAUUAAUUUAUCAUCAUCAGCAGCAGAUGUACUAUCAUAUAGGCUUUUUUGAUACUUUUUAACUUUUGUGCUUCUUUCUAGCUUCUUCAACCUGUGGCUAUUUAUUUUCACUUUCAAGCUUGUUCUUCCUCUGAUGUCACUUUUAGUUAUUGUUCUGCUUUGGAUGUUUGUUCGUUCUUCCUUUCUGUGGCUUUCUUCACAACAGAAUCUUUCAUUUCCAUGGUAGGCUUUAGGGAGGAAGUUUUUCAGGAGGCCCUUCUCCCUUUCCAUUUACCAUAUAUUUUUUCCUUUUUUAUAUGAAGGUCCAAGUAAAGACUUUGAAACACUCUCGGGGAUACACUGCUUGGUAGUAAAAGUCAAGUCUUCAUCAUCUGGUUUAGGCCAUGAAUCAACACACAGUUUUUUUAAAAAUACUGAAUGCAGAUGCUUCAGAACUCCCAGAAUCUUUUUGCACUUUCUCUUCCUUUUUUCAAACUUGCAUUCUUCUUGGAUGCUUCUUCUGGGUUGUCAUUUUGAAGACCAUUUUCAAGUUAUCUUUUUUUUUAAUGUUGCAAAAUUUGUCGUGAGUGCUUGUCAGACCACCAGAAAUAGCAUAAUCUGCAGUCUGUUCAUACAUACUCUUGAGUAAAGACAAUAUUUUGCUGAAGAAGAAUGCUAACUAUACCUGACAAGCCAUAAUGUACAACAGGCAUGAGAGCUGUUCUUUUCAACCUAUCAACAGCAUGUACAUUUGCUUGUUUCUUCACUAAAAUUCCACCUUUUGCUGCGUUUUGCAAACUAUAGCAAGUAAAAGUGGUGUGUUUCCAUCCUUGUUCAGCACUUCAGUAUUCACAUGGUGUGAAGGCAGUUUUUCUGCCAGUAGUGUAUUCUCAUUGUAGAUAGCAUAGUGUAGUGUGUUGUUGCUGUAGGCAUCCAUAAGAUCUGGAUUGGUGCCACGUUCUAGCAGAAUGAUGACACAAAUCUCUUCUUAGCAAUGUACAGCCUUCAUCAAAGGUAUCCUGUUUCAUUUGUCACCAAUGUCAGUCUGACAUUUUCGGUUUACCUGGAGAGUGACCACUUCCACAUGGCCAUUGGCACAGGCCAAAUGUAAAGCAGUCCUGUUCAUCCACAGAUGAAGGAAUACAGAAACUCCAGGAUAUUUGCACAAUGGAAUACUCUUCAGCCAUCAAACUUUAGGACAUCACCCCACUUCCAGCAACGUGGAGAGAGAUCUGUUCAUCCACAGAUGAAGGGAUACAGAAACUGUAGUAUUCAUUCACAAUGGAAUACCCUUCAGCUGUGCACAUAUACUGAAAUCAUAUGACCUGGAGCCACACAGUUGAACCUGUUCAUACCUUGAUGAAGUGAUGACAAAACUGGAAUAUAUAUCCAGAAUGGAAUACUCUUCCACCACAGAAAUGGAUGAAAUCCUGUCAUUUGCAGUCAUGUGGAGAAACCUGUUCAUCCACAGAUGAAGGGAUAAAGAAACUGUAGUAUAUAUACACAAAUGGAAUACUCUUCAUCCAGAAAAAUGUAACGAAAUUACAUCAUUUGCAGCCACACUGUUGAACCUAGAGGACAUCAUGGUAAAUGACCUGUCCUGUCCACCCACAGCUGAAGGGAUAAAGAAACCACCAUACAGAUAUGCUAUGGAAUAUGCUUCAGCCAUAAAACUUUGGGAAAUCCUGUCAUCCACAGCCACGUGGAGAAACUCAGAGGACAUUAGGUCCAAGGAAAUGAGCCUGGUAGAGGAAGUCCCACACCUUUCAAUCUCAGGCAUGGAGAUUCCAAAAACUUUAUCUCCUGUCCAUCCACAGAUGGAGGGAUCAAGAAAUUGUAAUGUAUAUGCACAAAGAAUACUCUUUGGCCAUCAAAAUAACUAAACCAUGUCAUUUGGAGCUGCUGAGGCUGCAGCUGCCUCAUCCUACACCAUGGUUGGAAGCCACUGUGGCCUCCAUCUGGGCCAAGCUCUGACCACGAUGAUGCCUCUGUCCCCACCCGGGCCUCGCGCUGACUGACAAUGCCACUGCAUCUUUUCAGUAGUCGUUGAUGAGGAAGUAUCUACAUCCUCCUUCCCACCACCAGAUUUUGCUUGGAGAAAAGCAGUUUCCCGAAAUAAUUCUGUGACGAGCUUCUUCCACAUUAGGACAAAAAUGCUGGUAACUUUUAUUAAAAAUUCCUACAGAAGCCUCCUGCUUCCCUCUCCAGCCAUAUACCAGGAAGCGGCUCAGCCCCAGGGCAGCACAUCACAGCCACCAUGGAACACAGCCAUUCCUCUACCAUCGUGCUGGGACCAGUCUUUCCUGACCAAUAUCACCUUCUUGAAGGUUCUUCUCUGGUUGGUCCUGCUGGGACUGUUUGUGGAACUGGAAUUUGGCCUGGCAUAUUUUGUCCUGUCCUUGUUCUAUUGGAUGUACGUCGGGACACGAGGCCCUGAAGAGAAGAAAGAGGGAGAGAAGAGCGCCUACUCUGUGUUCAAUCCAGGCUGCGAAGCCAUCCAGGGCACCCUAACUGCAGAGCAGUUGGAGCGCGAGUUACAGUUGAGACCCCUGGCAGGGAGAUAGGACCCAGCUGUGCUGUCAUGCAGCUAACCUCUGAUGUGGUCUUCCUCACCAUUGGCUAUGGAUUUGAUUUCAGGUGUAUAGGACUAAGGGCAGCUUGCGGGUUAGCUCUGUGACUGCAUAGUUUUUCUACAUUCUUUCCCUGAUCUUUUGCUGCCAUUUGAUCUUUGAUAGUUUUGGUGAAACUCUAAAAUACAUUCACUGUGGGUCUGAUGCAAUUUAUAAAAAUUAUGUACUCAAGAAGGGAGACUUGUUUGUUUCAUUUCUCAUCUGUUUAGGAGAUGAUUUGAGAGCACUAGAAAGGCACGGGGGAGAUUCUCAGCUUAAAACAUCCAGCAGUUUGAAGUAUGAUUAGGUACAUCAGGGCUGCAUUGUCAAUGUUCUCUUUAAGUCUUUUAACAUUUAUAGCAAUUUUUUUUUUUCCCGGAGAGUUUAGGUUGCAAGUUUUGGGUUUCUUGUUUGUUUUUGUUUUGCUUCCUGCUUUAAUUCUUUCAUUUUCAGUCAUUACUGGUAUUGAAAAAUAAAAUAUCUUUAAAACAUCUCGUCUUCAGAAA